AUGGAAGCUACUAACUUAGCUAUGUCGCCGCGAGAGACGCUCAAGCCGCGAGCCGAACACAAGAGUAUGCAAUUAACUGGCAAACCUAAUCAGGUUGGCACAGUCCUUCUAUACGGAGUACCAAUAGUUUCCCUGGUAAUCGAAGGCAACGAGCGUCUCUGCCUCGCUCAGAUAUCAAACACGCUGCUAAAGCAGUUCUCGUACAACGAGAUACACAACCGUCGGGUAGCGUUGGGGAUCACCUGUGUGCAGUGCACCCCGGUGCAGUUGGAGAUACUGAGGAGAGCUGGUGCCAUGCCCGUGUCUUCGCGACGAUGUGGUAUGAUAACAAGGCGAGAAGCGGAGAGGCUUUGCAAGUCGUUUUUGGGAGACAACGCUCCUCCGAGAUUGCCAGAUGAUUUUGCAUUUGCUGUCCAUCAUGAGUGCGCUUGGGGCUGCCGUGGAGCUUUCUUGCCGGCCAGGUACAAUUCAUCCCGAGCAAAAUGCAUCAAAUGUGCGUACUGCGGGCUCUUCUUUUCCCCAAACAAGUUCAUAUUCCAUUCUCACCGUGUGGGUCCUGGUGACAAGUACAUCCAGCCUGAUGCAGCCAACUUCAACUCCUGGAGACGGCACAUGAAACUCAGUGGAACCCCUCCCGAAGAAGUCGUGCAUGCCUGGGAAGACGUAAAGGCUAUGUUCAACGGGGGAACAAGAAAGAGAAUGCUGUCCGCCGCUAGAAGAGUGCCUCUUCGCAGGCCUGAGUCGGAAGGCAGCAGUGAGGCCAAGAGACCAGCGGCGAGUCCACCGAGUGCCCACGCUCCUGUGCCUCGCCUCGCAGACUAUGUGUGGGGCGCGAGGCUGCCUCUGCCUUACGCUAUACCUUGGUUAAAGCCUACUUUGUGGACACCUGGUGCAUUAACAGCGCUGAGCAGCGUGAACUCAAUAGAGGAGCCCCGGGCCUUCCGACCAGUGAGGGGGCACAGGCUGGAGUCUCCUCAGCUGUCUCCUGUCAUGUCACCACAGAGGUCACCUAAUAGGUCGCCAUUAUCAUCAUCGCCUCGGCGUUCAUCACACACUAGAUCACCAAUACGGUCGCCGCCGCCGUCAUCACCAGCUCGUUCACCCAAGAGUGACCGAGACAGUGAUGAGAGCGUGGAUAUUGAGACCACGGAGGAAGACCAGCCGAGGGAAGUGGCCUGCACCUGGCCAUGCAGCAGUGUGCCAACUCCUCGGCCUGAUGAGAACUGCUGGAGCGGGCUGGUGCCUAAAGUGGAGAGGGAUGAGGAGCCUCGCGUGGAGCCCUGGAGGCUGCCAGACCUUCGACCCUCGUUGCAUUAUAUGCAUGAUCGUGAUAGAGACUGCGUAGCCUGCGUGGCGCCAUUACCUCUGCUGCCUCCCCCUGCACCAACGCCGCAUUAGCCCAAUACAUAACGUUAUACAUAUCUGUAGGAAUUCUAAUCACUAGCUGUAAGGGUCAAUACACUGAGAUGUGUCUCAAUAUGCCAAAAGACUAGUCGCAUUACGGGUUUAUUUUUAAUCACUUUCAUGAAUUUUACUAUAGAUCUUAUCAAAAUAGCCCUGAAAGUACGUAAAAUUGUAUGUAAAAUGUUGGAUUAACAUAUUUAGUACCGAAUAUACAUGGAAAAAAAUAUUUAUGUACAAUUUACGCUCGUAGGUAAAAGAUUGACGCACUGACAGAUAGAGGGCGCUUUAAUGCUUUGUUUGAAUGCUUUUCCCGCUAACUGUUUUUUUUUUAAAUUUAUUCUUGGCCAUAGAUACAUUGCCCGCUAACUGGAAAUCUUAGUGUUGCUACUCCCUAAAAAUGAAAACAUACUAAUACUACAAACAUACCUAAGUUAUUUUCUAGUCAUGUACCUACAUGAUAUCAAUAAUAAUGUACCUAUGAAUAUAGACUAGUCGCGUGUAAUUAGUUUCAAUAAUAUUUAAGAAUAUCAUAAUUAUUUAGUAGUGUAACAUAAAAAGCAAUUGUAAUGAAUUUAAUUCAUUGUUAAAUAGAUACGACCUAGUGUACUAAGCAUUGUAAUCUAGUCAACGACUCUAGUUCUAUUAGAAAAUAUGUAUGUAAAAAUAUUUAGAACACACUUUAAUGCGACAUGAUUUUAAUGUAAAUAGCUAAAUUAUAUAUAAGGUUUAAAUAAUAUUUGUAGUUAAACUUUAAAUGUUAAGUUCUAUACGCUAUCUCAAUAAAAUUCUAUAUUCUUAAAUGCUUUAUGAAUCAACUGUUUAGCUCGAAAUCAGGGUUAUUAAAAUACAUUCUUUCAUAAGAAUUCCUUUCGAUUACAUAUCGCUAUUAUUAAUGAAUAACUAACUGUAAUUUCUGUAUCAAAAUGUAGUGGUAAUAUCUAGGUACAUACUUAUUAAAAUUUUAG